AUGGACCGCUCCAGUCCUCAUGGAGCCGGGAGGCCCUGGUGGGAAGCCGCGCAGGAGGCCCACAGGCGCGGGGCCAAGCUGGCGUCUGAGAUCGAGCGGUCGGUCAUUGGGGGCGACGCCACGUUUGCGGGACCCUUCGGCCCUCGACGGUUGGUCUACUGCGACCACACGGCCUCCGGCAAGUCCCUAGGCUUCAUCGAGGAUUACAUCCGCGAUCGCGUGCUGCCCAUGUACGCCAACACCCACACGGUGGACACGUACACGGGGCGGCACACCACCAGGCUGAGGGAGCAGGCCCGGCAGGCGAUCAGAAGGGCGGUAAACGCCACAGACGACUAUGUCGUAUUAUUCGCCGGAUCGGGAUGCACUGCCGCGGUUCACAAAGUGGUGCAGGCCCUGGGCUUGGCGGGGCAGUCUGCGGCAUCGAAGGGCGCUGGGUGGCGGAUGCAAGGCAAGGGAUGCGACCGUCCGGUGGUGUUCUUGGGGCCGUUUGAGCACCACUCGACCGUGCUGCCUUUCAGGGAGUCCGGAGCGGAGGUCGUGCGAAUCCGCCUGGACAAAGGCGGUCGGGCUUGCGCGAAGGAUCUGGAGAAGAAGCUGGAGCGCUUUGCGGGAAGCGGGAGGCUUAUGAUUGGGGUGUUUUCGGCGGCGUCCAACAUCACGGGCAGCCUGACCGACGUGCAGGCGUUCACGGCCAUCCUGCACCGAUGGGGGGCGCUGGCGCUGUGGGAUUACGCCACCGCCGCCCCAUACCUGGACAUCGACGUCCAGACCGAUGGGCAUGAUGCCGUCUUCAUCUCUCCCCACAAGUUCGUGGGGGGUCCCGGGACGCCGGGAGUACUGGUGGCCAGGAAGUCGCUCUUCCAGAACGCCGUUCCCAGCGGCGUGGGCGGCGGCACGGUCGCCUUCGUCACGCGACGAGAACACGGCUACCUGGCGGAUGUGGAGGCCAGGGAGGAGGGCGGCACACCGGACAUCGUGGGCUCCAUUCGCGCCGGCCUGGCGUUCACGCUCAAGGCCAGAGUGGGGCACGACUACAUACUGGCGAGGGAGCGGGAGGUGUGCGCCCUGGCGUUGGAGAGGCUGGGGGGAAUGAGGAACGUGUGCCUGCUGGGGAAUCGCACCCGCGAGCGCCUGCCCAUCUUCUCGUUCAUCGUGGCCCACCCGCCCACCCAGCGCCUGCUACACCAUGGCUUCGUGUGCGUCCUGCUGAACGACCUGUUCGGGAUACAGACGCGGGCGGGCUGCAUGUGCGCCGGGCCCUAUGCCAUGGACCUCCUGCGCCUCUCAGACGCCUUCGUGGACAGCUUGACGCCGUUCCUGGGGGACUGCCCCAGGAACGGGCCGCGCGUGGCGAGGCACGAGAUCCUGAAGCACGGCUUCGUGCGGCUGAGCUUCCCUUACUUCAUGUCCGACGCCGACGUGCGGUUCGUGCUGGACGCCGUGGAGCUGGUGGCCAGCGAGGGGUGGAGGCUGCUGCCCCUCUACGGCUUCGACGCAGAGCAAGGAGGCUGGUUCCACAGCGAGUCGCCAACGGCCGCAGACGAAGAUCUGAACAACGCGUUUCUCACCAUGGAACAGCGUGGUCCUGGCAGUUUCAGAGAUUCUGGCAGCCACUGGCCAGCCGCCAAGCCUGCCAAUGCCUUAACAGAGGCUCGCCAAAUCCUUGCCAAGGCAGGAACACUCGCGAGUGGGACGAAGCCCCAAGGGGAUGCAGACAUGGAAGAAGAUGCAAGAGCCCUACGGUGGUUCACACUCCCAUCGGAAGCAUGGGACACACUUGUACCCAAGAAUGGGGCAAAGUGUGGGUGUGAUGCCUCCAUUUAUUUGAAAGACGGUCUCGGGCCUGAGUUGGUUGGGGAAGAGGAGCGCAGUAUCAGACCUUUCUGGGGUUGA